UGAAAUGAGUCAAUACUUUCUAUGGCCAGAACUUGCCACCAUGUGAUUGUGAAGAUAAUUACUUGCAACGUUGGCGCGCCCAGAAUUGUCCGAAGGCCGAUAUUGAUGACCAGAUAUACGGAGUCGGACUCGGUCGCAUCGUCAAGUUGAUAAGGCGUGUACAGGACAGAACCACUUUACCCAGCUAGGCCAAGCGAGUAUAAAUAAUACGACAGUCAGUACCACUACUGGAGGGGCAAACACGACUUCAACUCCAAACUAUCACACUCACCUGAUCUAGUCUGUGGCAGCAAGAGAGACGACAAAAUGACAGCGAGCCGCUUCGACCAGUUCGACAUCUCCCAGGAUACCUAUAAAGUGGUUGGGCAACAUGAGAUUCACGCCUACACUCUUAUUCCCAAGGGCACUGAACCAGGCCGGUAUCCGCUGCUUGUCAAGUGGCACGGCGGUGCUCUGGUGAACGGUGAUGCUAUCUAUCCGGAUUGGUUCUCUUCCUGGCUGGUUCCAUUCAUGCUGCGCAACAAGGCAAUUGCGGUGCUGCCCAACUAUCGCCUCCUACCUGAACACAAUGGAGCCGACAUCAUAGAAGAUCUGGAUGAUUUCUGGAAAUGGGUAGAUUCAGGAAAACUGGCAGCUGGAAUAAGAAGUUGCACGCCAGGCAUCAUGGUCGACCUCGAUAGGGUCUGUGUUGCGGGAGACAGUGCAGGAGGUUUCAUGGCACUGUCGUCCGCCUUGAGAUUGCCCGAGGGAAGGAUCAAGUCUGUCCUUGCGCAAUACCCGAUGACAAGAGAGCUGAACCUGGAUGUUAGCGAUGAAUUCAAGGACACAGAUCCACCUGGUCCGGAAGUCAUCGACGAGUACUUGAAAAGUCUUGAACCCGGGGCGGUCGUCACCUCUGCGUUUCCGCCGGAGAAGAUGCCCAUCGUCCAUGCACUUUCGAUUCAUGACAAGUACAGACAGUACUUUGGCCUAGAGAACGAGGCCCUUUGGCCGAUCAAUGCAAUCGAGAAGGCGAAGAAAUUUCCUCCAACUUUCAUUUUCCACGGAACGAAGGAUACUGCCGUCAGCGUCAACGAUAUUAGGGCGUUUGUGAAGAAGGCGAAAGAAUUCCUAGAUCAGGGAGAAGCUGAAAAGAUCAAAUUGCAAGAGGUUGAAGGUGAGAACCAUGGCUUUGAUGGGAAUCUCCGCGAGGAGGAAGUCCCAUGGUUGAGAGAUGGGUUGAAGUACGUGGAGGAUGCAUGGAAGGCAUAAGAGCGAUCUCUGUGAAUCAUGCCACGAUGUUCAUACCUGGAGAUUCAACCUAGGGAUGGGCAGAUUUGAAUUGAUCACCAUUAUAAGUGCUAUGAGACGAGAAGUUUAGGUAGAUGAAAUGCAAUUCGAUGAAUGUUCGAAUUAUCCGCUUACCCGAUUGGGGAUCCAAAUACUUAUCCGAGGUAGUUACUACUGGUGGGUGUUCCUUCCUCCGUGCACGUGCCAAGUUACGUGCUCUUUAGCAGCAGAACUUUUCCG